GUGCACAGAGGCGGGGGACCUGGGGAAGAGCAACUCUGCGCCGACUUUCCAGAGCUCGACCUCUCCCAGCUGGACACCAGCGACUUCGACUCGGCCGCCUGCUUUGGGGAGCUGCAGUGGUGCCCGGAGAACCCCGAGUCCGAGCCCAGCCAGUACGGCUCCGAGGACCCUGAGCUCUUCCAGAUUGACAGUGAGAAUGAGGCCCUCCUGGCAGAACUCACCAAGACCCUGGAUGACAUCCCUGAUGAUGGCGUGGGUCUGGCCGCCUUCCCAGCCCUGGAUGGUGGAGACACAGCGUCCUGUGCCUCAGUCUCCCCUGCACCCUCACCAGCGCCGCCCAGCCCUGCCAGGGAGAAGCCCCCGACCCCUGAGGUGGAUGAACGCUCACUGCUGCAGAAGCUCCUCCUCGCCACGUCCCGCCCGGCGUCCAGCCCCGACACCCAGAAGGAGGGCACGGCCUCGCGCCAGGCAGGUCUCCGCUCUAGAACUCAGCGGCCUUGUGUCAAGGUGGACAGCACCCAUGAGAGGAGGGCCCCCGUGACACAGUCCCAGAGCCGGAGCUGCACAGAACUGCACCGGCACCUCACCUCGGAGCUGUCCUGCCCACAGGCCAGGGCCUGCUCCCCGGAGAGCCGCCUGCCGCCACCCCCACCUAGCCCCCUGCUGCCCGCCAGGGAGGACGAGGCCCCGGGGGAGGACUGCCUGAGCCCCCAGCCAGCUCCUGCCUCGCCCCUGGCCUCCCUGGUGCUGGGUGGAGCAGACCCCAGAGGCCAGGUCUCCCCGAAGGACACACAGGCCAUGGUGCAGCUCAUCCGCUACAUGCACACCUACUGCCUCCCCCCGAGGAAGCUGCCCCCGCCAGCCCCCGAGCCAGCCCCCCAGCCCGGCAGCAGCCCCUCCAGGCAGGCCAGACCCCGGGCCCCACCCCGGCCACCUGCCAAAGCCUCCUGGGCCGAGUUCUCCAUUUUGAGGGAACUGCUGGCUCAAGACGUCCUCUGUGAUGUCAGUAAACCCUACCGCCUGGCCACACCUGUCUACGCCUCCCUCGCACCCCAGUCUAAGCCCAAGGCUCCCAAAGACAGCCAGGCCUCACCCGGCCACCCGUCCCCUGUGGAGGAAGUACAGAUCGCAGCUUUGCCCAAGAACGCUGGGCCCAGACCGAGCCUGCGCCCGCUGCGGCUGGAGGUGAACGGGGGUGUCCGCAGGCCCGCCAGGCUGCAGCAGGAGGAGGAGGAAGACGAGGACGAGGAGGAGGAAGAGGAGGAGGAGGAGGAGGAGGAGGAGGAGGAGUGGGGCAGGAGAAGGACGGGCCGAGGCCUGCCAUGGACCAAGCUGGGGAGGGAGCCAGAGGGUUCUGUGUACCCCGUGAGGCGUUCGCGGAGACUGAACCCUGAGCUGGGCUCCUGGCUGACGUUUGCCGAUGAGCCACUGGUCCCCCUGGAGCCCCAGGCUGCUCUGCCCUCACUCUGCCUGGCUCCCCAGGCCUACGACAUGGAGGGGGAGCCGGGCAGCCCCAUGCACGAGGACGGUGGUGGAGACCAGCAUCUCCCGCGGGGACCACAGACCCCUGCCAUGGAGAGCCCCUGUGAGAGCGGGUGUGGGGACACGGAGGAGGACCCCAGCUGCCCACGGCUCCCCACCAGAGACUCUCCCAGGUGCCUCAUGCUGGCCUUGACGCAAAGCGACCCUCCUUUUGGCAAGAAGAGCUUUGAGCAGACCUUGACAGUUGAGCUCUGUGGCACAGCAGGACUCACUCCGCCCACCACGCCCCCAUACAAGCCCCCAGAGGAGGACCCCUUCAAGCCGGACAUCAAGCACAGCCCAGGCAGGGUCCUGGGGCCCAGCCUUCCCUGCUCUGAGAGCCUUCCGCCUGGGGCCACCCUAGGGACCGGUCACAAGCUGCUAAAAAAGCACCCGGAACGCAGCGAGCUCCUGUCCCGCCUGCGGCUUGCCGAGGCCCCUCCAGCCUCGCAACCUGGCCAGAAGCGCCCCUUCUCUUGUUCCUUCGGAGACCACGACUACUGCCAGGUGCUCCGGCCAGAGGGUGUCCUGCAGAGGAAGGUACUGAGGUCCUGGGAGCCAUCCGGGGGCCGCCUGGAAGACUGGUCGCAGCAGGGUGCCCCUCGGGCCGAGGCACAGGCGCCCAGCAGGGAGGAAGGCAGAGGCGGCGACGCAGGCACCCUGCCCAAGGACAGCGCACUGCUAAGGGACCACGAGAUUCGUGCCAGCCUCACCAAGCACUUUGGGAUGCUGGAGGCCGCCCUGGAAGAGGAAGAGGACUUGGCUUCGUGCAAGAGCCCCGAGUAUGACACAGUCUUUGAGGACAGCGGCAGCAGCAGUGGGGAGAGCAGUUUCCUCCUGGAGGAGGAGGGGGAGGAGGACGACAAUGAGGAAGAGGACUUGGGAGUCAGUCCCCCCCGCUCUGACCACUGCCCCUACCAGAGCCCACCAGGCAAGGCUGGCCGGCAGCCGUGUUCCCGCAGCCGCUCCAGCUCAGGCUCCUGGUCCCCAGCCUCCCGGUGGGACUUCAGAUGUGAGCGCAGAGGGCCGUGUCCAGACAGAACGCCCAGCAUCCGGCACGUCAGGAAGCGGCGGGAAGAGGCCACUGGCGAAGGCCGUGUGGUGUGUGUUCGGAAUCUCUCCAGUGACAUGAGUUCCCGGGAGCUGAGGAGGCGCUUCGAGGUGUUUGGCGAGGUUGUGGAGUGCCAGGUGCUGAGGAGGGCUCAGAGAGGCGAGAAGUACGGCUUAGUCACCUUUCGGUGCCCCGAGCAUGCAGCCCUGUCGCUGAGAAAUGGCGCAGCCUUGCGGCGGCGCGGUGAACCCUCCUUCCAGCUCAGCUGUGAGGGUCUCCGGCACUUCUGCUGGCCCAGAUACACUGACUACGAUUCCAACUCAGAAGAGGCCCUUCCUGCGUCAGGGAAAAGCAAGUAUGAGGCCAUGGAUUUUGACAGCUUGCUGAAAGAGGCCCAGCAGAGCCUGCAUUAACAGCCUUAACCUUCGAGGAAUACCUCAAUACCUCAGACGAGGCCCUUCAACAUGUUUACGUUUUCAAAGAAACCGAGUAGACGAGGAGGAGCGCGUGAGAGCACGUGAGAGACUGGGAACUGCUGUCCUUUUGAGAAAUCGAUGUUUACAUGGAACGAAGCUGCUUCUGUCUGUGAGUCUCCCUGUGUGACGUUCCACUGCCACAUUAGUGUCCCCGCUUGCCACGGGGUGUCCUGGUGCCCUCCAAGUGCCGGGCAGUCACCCAUCGCCCCUCCCCGACUGACUCCCUCUCGUAGACUUGCAGCCGUGUUCGCCACGACAUUUCCUGUCUGUAGUGUGUGAUGAUGAAAUUGUUACUUGUGAAUAGAAUCAGGAUUAUAAACUCAUUUUUAAUUGAA